AAAUCAUAACGCGUUAUUAUUUGCUUUGUUGUAUGCAUAAUCAUUAAAUCUAGGUAUAUCACAGGAGGAUUAGAUAUCAGAGUUCAGUUGGCCGUUGCUGUAUUUCAAAUCAGUACGCUUUCGUAAUCAGACAUCCUCGCGAAAACGAGAAAGAAACCGGAAAGGAAUUUUAUCGUUCGCGGUAAUUGCAGGCAAGAAAUCAGCGGCUCAAGUGUGAGUAUUGUUAAGAUCUAACUAAGAUGCGUAUUUUUGUGACGUAUCACUGAUUCGCUUUGAUUUUCUCGAGGAACUGUUUCUAAAUUUCAGAUUUUAAGCCUGCUUGGUUUUUACCAUAACUAAUGAUACCUCAGUCAGACUUAUAUUUGUGAAUGUAACAUUAAUUUGCGUGGCACCGAGCUCAAAGUUCACUUCAAAGUUACGCGCUAUAGUUAGUGCUGACAGCACUGGGGUCAAAACCUCGUUAGGCAAAAGGUUAUGGAAAAUUAAAGGUAAGUUCUCUUUGACAUUCUAUUCUUGGGGUUUCACGAAAUGAUAUAUAAUCACCGUCAAGAAAACGAAACUUCUAUCGUUUACGAUGCUGAAGACUUGCCGCUUUAGCAUCCUUAUAAAUUACUUGCAUAAACAGAAUCAACAUCAUAACAUCAGUAACAGUAGAUCGAAAUAAUUAAGUCUCCUUUUUUCCUUCUCUUUAUGGUUGUUUUGACAUUCUCAGCUUUCUUUUAUUUCUGUCUAAAAUGACCGACACUUGGAGUGCCAGCAGUCCUUGGAGGAUUGCCGCCCGGGCGACCAUAGUCUCUUCUCUGCUCGUUCGCCCUUCAGUCUCGCGUGGACAACUUACAUGUAGAUUGACUCCAAAGGGGCUGCUAGCUAUCUAUUAUGAACGGUUGUGACUGGAAUGGAUACCCCAAAAUCAGGCUAUCUAGAUGAAAUAAGUGUUAUACCUUGAAGUAAUGAAAGAAGGAGGAAAAUAGACUGAACUCGUAUGUGAGACCUGAAUCCGGAUCAUUUCAUUAAAAUCCUUAUCCAUAUCCACUACACCAUCUAGAGCUCACUGCCGACACCAGGAACUUUUGAUUUACUUUACGAUUUCACGGCAUUGCUCAUUACAUUUUUUUAUUGUUAACCUAACCGUUCAAGAGUGCUUAGCCCUAAUCACUGCACUUCGGUAUUAAACUCUAUACUCAACUCUUUUCUUUACACAACUGUCUCUCUCUGAUAUUCCCACUUUACCUCCGGCAACAAAUUCAAAAAAUUGGUUCUUUACGAGUAGUAUAAAGUUUUGUAACAAUCAUGGUGUCCACCAUGAUUUUUUCUAAUCAGUUCUGUGAAAACUCCAUUUUGUGAAACAGGCCCUCAAAUCAGGAUUUGGAAGAUUAUAACAAGGGUAAAACCUGGAAAUUAAAUCAGACCACAAUUGGCCACAUGUUUCGUGAGCUGCCUAAUUUAACUUCCCCUUGAAAUUUUUGUAUAUAAGACGUGUUCAGAAACUCUAAAGCUGGUCAUUAGUAACAAACGGGACUUCAAAUUAAUCGCUCGCUUUAGCAGUUGGUUAGUUAUUAUUAUUAAUUAUUAUUUAUAUUUUCAUGCGAAAAUACUGAAUUAACUAGAAAAAAUAAAGAAAUUCAUAGGCCAAAAUAGCCAAAAACAGAAGGAUGUUUCUUUCUCAGCCUUCAUGGCAACAAAAAACAACAACAAUAGCUUUAUUUGCAUGGCCAUAAAGGUAUUACAGUAUUGUAAAAGCUACAAGUCUAAAUUUAAUUUCUAAGUCAAACAUUACAGAUAUCAUUCAUUCAUUGAUAUUAAGUUGCUUCUUAAUGCAAUAGCGAUACUCACGCUGACGUCACCUAUUGAUAUCAAAUAAAUGUGUCAACUAGAAGCGCAUUGGUUCAUAAAACAAAAGAUCACCGGCUUUUGAUUCACUCAUUUGUUAUAACAAAAACAGUGUUUGUAAACAUUGAUGUCUCCCUUAAUGUGGAGAGAGUUAGCCCGCGUAACCAGACGCUUUUUUCUGCUCUUGUUUGACCCGCCGAAAAAAGGGCUCAACCUCGGUGUAAGAACCUGUUAUACUCACGGGUGACGUAAACAAAGAAAACAAAGAAGUAAACACAACAGAACCCAGAAAAACAAAAGGUAUACAAAACAAAGGAAAAGUUCACAGGUUCUUACACCGAGGUAAACCCGAAAAAAACCGUCUGCUCCCGCAGGCUAAGUGAGAGUAGGAAGGGACAGUAUAAAGGGGGUUGGUGGUAAGGGUGGGGAAAACAGGCUUUUUAUUCUACCAAAUUUUUCCGGAUUACGGAAUUGGGAUUCCCUCAAAUGGGGCGAGUUGGAUAACGGUUUGCUCAACUGAUGUACCGUACGUGGUUCCGCCGUCGGUUUUUGUACAGGUGGUGAUAAUAAAUGGUUCACUGAUCCUGCGUUUAGGUUUUGUGAUGUUAGUCAGAUUGUUUGAUCUGUCUUCGGGCACAAUUUGAGAACGGCUUUGUCUUGAGUUUAAAGAGCUCUCACGAACGUGAUAAUGGUGGAUUUAACUUGCUUGGUUGCAAACUUGAUUGCUAAUCUUAAGGUAUAAAUCUUAGUGGACGGUGUCAAAAUUUGUUUUGCAUGACAAGUAAAUUUAAAUUCUGUGUGCCACCUCGCCAUUGUAAAUUUUGGAAUAUUUUAAUAUUACAAAAUAAAUGUAUCGUCAUCUAAUUACAAUAUGCAGUCUUCCCACGGUCAGAUUCCUUCACGCUGCGAAGGUUACCAAAACAAUAUCUUGAUAAAUACUGAGUUUGCAUAAGUUGUCAUUUCGACGACGAAAGCUAACGGAUCGAUCCUAACGGCAAGGUAAGGAAAGGUUUGAAUAUUGUAGUUUCUGUUUUAGCAUGAGUGUUCUACUUACUAAAUAGGUCCAAUAUUGCAAUGGAUUUCUAUAAAAUUAGAACUCAUGAACCAAAACAAUGUAACUUAUCGAAAACCACAGAGUUGUUUUAAGUUUUUAAGACCUGUUUGUACAAUUACAGUUGACAUUUUAAAGUUUUUCAUGCACUCCACUUGCAUGCAUGGUCAUGCAUUUGACUUACUUUGAGCAAGUACUGACUGAGUAGUAAUAGCACAAUCAAAAUCCCUAAUGGUGGACUUCAACAUCAUAAUAAGGAACCAUUGUUAAUCACGUUUUUUCCGCCCAUCAAUGUCUGCAUCUUGAUAGAUUUACUAUGAAUUCGAAGCGAUUUGUUAUCUUUUGGUGAGAAUUUAAGGCAAACUUUUGAAACGCAGGAUUUGCCUACAGGUGAGUUAAUUGCUAGCUAUGGUUGCAGUUUUAGGCCCCAAACUUUAAUUAAAGUGAAUAUAGAUCUCAAGAAAAGAUUCCACUACUUCGAGAGCCCACAAAGAGAAAUGAAGGGUGCAUUCCAGAAAGAACUUGAUUAAGGCAAUGUUGUUCACUUUAACUCCAUCGUGACGCGAAUUUUUAUACUUUUCUUAAAGUCUUUAAGGUACUGGUGAAUUCUUACACUAACUUUAUUGGAUUGUUGUACUUGAAUUAAACUUCUUUUUCAACUUUGUAACGGUAUUUCUCCUCUGUAUGCUAAACAAAUGUUUAAGUUACAGGCAAGUCAGUGAAGCCGCAAUUAAGCUAUGAUUGAAUUAAUCUAAAUUCAGUUUGAUUGUCAAAGCAAUGUCAGGGCCUAAUUUUCGUAAUUUUCUUAACAAAUUAUGACUAACACCGGCAUAGCUUAUAACAAUAGCAAAUUUUUGGCUCUUUGUUUUAUUUUUUUUAGGUUGUAAAUUUAACAAGCGUUUAAGGUAGUUAUGACUGAAAUUCUGGUCGACUGCCUGAUAAUCUAAGAUUAAGAAACAUUUUUGUUUAUCACCUCGGGCAACUGGCCACUCAAUUAUUAUAUUCAAAUAUAUUGCACUGUUAUUGUGGUUUCGCCAGGCGGUCAACAAAGGUGUCAAAGUUCAAACAUAUUGCUAAAAAGACAAACAAGUUCAUCACCAGUUAAACAACGACACUGAAGUCUUUGGAGUUAAGAUAUGUAGACCCAAAGUCGGCGAUUUUUGGGUACUGCUUUAAAACCGUAAAGCAUAUAAACAACUUACAAUAAUGGUUAAGUUCGGUUUUUAAAAUACUCUUCAACUCUGCCUAAAAUAAAGAUUUGGUAAAACGGACAACAAAAACGUGCAACCUGUCAUGUUUAGCAACAUCGUGUAACAUGUUUUGCAACAUUGCUUCAAAACGAGUUGAAAAGCGAUGUUUUCCGCUUUAUCGGAAACGAAUAAACCUGUCUUGUAACAAAUCAGGUUGUUGAAGGUUAGGAAAAGUUGUUGCUGAUAUUAAAGUAGUCGACUUUUAACAACACUUUUCGCAACCCACAACAAACUGCUUUGUGCAAGAAAGACAGGUUGAUUUGUGGGGGUAACGCUCGACAUCGCCUUCCAACUCGUUUUGCAGCAAUGUUGCAAAGCAAGUUGCACGUUUUUGUCGCCCGUUUUACUGUACUUUAAAACUACUGUGCGUGUAUAUGUCUAUGGCUUUCGAUAACUGGUCGUAACUGGUAAGAACGUAAAAUGGAUAACAACUUCAAAAAAUUCGACCAAAGCUGCCGAAGCUGGGUUGUUGUGUCGUCAAAUAAAUACCAAAACGGAUCAUGUUUUUCCCUUGGGGGAAUCGUUAUGUACAUUUCUUUUAGGUUCAAGUUUGAACAAAGUAUGUCUUAGGAUCAUCUUAAUUAGUAAACUUAACCGUCUUUAGGAUUUUUACGGUGAGGAAAAACAACCAACCUAAAUUAACCUAAAGUUCAUUGGCUUGCCGCGAGCGCUAAAAAUAAACAUGUAAGCCAAUCAAAAACCUAGUGGGAAAAAACAAGACAGGCUUUUAAAUAAUGGGCCCAUCCUUUCAUAGUAAUAUAUUUGUACGGCUUAUCAACGAAAUUCCUAAAAAGACAGUUGCAAGGAUUAAUAAUCUUCAGUUUUCUUGAUGUCUACAUCUUAAUCAGUUUUUAGCGCUUCAGUUCCGAUGGGUCAUGAUCAGUUGCAAACAAACCCGAGCAGGGUACAUGCCUCACACAUGUAGUACGACACAUUUGCAUUAUAUUGUCAGUUAAAGCAGGUUUUAAUCUUGAAUUCAUCAUUCCAGUUUUGUAGGACUUAGAAAACGAUGGGGAUGAUGUCUCUGGCUUUCGUUCUACUGCUUUGUGCUCCACCCUUAAUAUCAGGUAUGUCAGGGCGUUGUUGGAUUGUCACAGUUUGCUCAUAAUUACACGUGCGUUAGAUACUUAGGACAGUCUCGUUUUUCAGUUUCCCGCAUGGUCACAGUACUGAAUAUUCGGAUAAUUUACGAUACAGUAGGAUAAUUGUCAUACAGUAAAGCACCGUCUAUCUGAUAGUAAACUUGUUUUCGACCUAACAAUCCCUUGAAAAAAAAAAAGAAAAAACAACGCAAUGUAGCGCUUUGAGUCCCGGGGCGGAAGGGGGGGGUUCUCCGCAUAUGAAAGGGGUGGGGAUGCUCGUCGUCUCGCUUAGGGGUGUAAAUUUCGCAUUUUGGUCUCACUUAGGGUCUUCUGGGCAAAACGCCAUCAUAUUUAGCCGUGAAGGCCUCGUUUAAGGGUUGCACGCGAACAAAUAUAAAAAUAUAUAUUUGAUAUGUACAUUUUUAAUUAGUUUUAUUUACUCCAGUCAUAUAAUCCAAGCUUUCUCAUUUGUCUGCGUUUUAACAUGGUCCCUUUUAGGGAUAAAAAAUCUCUUGGGCCACGUCCAGAUCGGUCUCCUUUAGGGGUUUAAUUCAAAAUUGCCGACAAGCAUCCCCACCCCUUUCAUAUGCGGAGUCCCCCCCCCCGGGGCUUUGAGUAUGACUAGCAAAGGGAUACACAAGAGGACUUGAAAAUCAACAGCUCGGACGCUCGGUCGCCUUUGAACACCCUGUUUUAACCCAAUAAAGCAUACGGUAUAUGCCAUACCGUAAUUGGUUCUUCAAUUGGUAGAGGGGACGGGGGCAGAGUUCAUCUUUUUUGAAGGAGCGCUUGUUUUGGAAUUCUCAGUAAAACCUGAAUUUUCUUUCCUCAUUUUAGGACAAUCUAAGCCGCUACCUUCCGUGUACAUCCAAAUGGAUUUCAAAUUCACCUGGAAAGAGUUUUGUCUCUUGAAAACAUACUUCCAGACCAAAAUCUCCGAAUUGAUUGUUCAGAAGAACGGCGAUCUUAUAACAUUGUCGCAAGUACAUCUCAACAAUUUUGAAGAAAACUGCCCUGCGGCAAGGAACAACACAGAGAAGGCAUCCUUGCUGUUUUAUAUAAUAAAGUCGGGUGGAUCCUACCAAGAUGUGGAUAAAGAACUCACCAUACACACGUUCGAGGUUCUCUAUUACUUGGUAGAAAACAAACUUGGACGACUAAUUGGGCCAUUGUUUGAACUGAAGGUAGGUUUACUCUGUUAGGAUUUGGAUGUUUGUUGCUCACGGACAGAGAAAUCAAUCAAUCAUUCAAUUAAAAUAAUAAAGAUUUAGAGAUAUAGAACAUCAACUUUGUGAUUACAGGUAAAAUCCGUUUUCAGGUUUAAGCAGUAUUCAAGUCAGUUUGAUUCGGAUCUUCCUCUGUUUCCUAGCCCUAAUAAUUCAUAGGAGACAAGAAAACGAUGGUUUAACCUAUUCUUGAUCCAACUGAGAUCUGAAAACGUUGACGGUUUGCGAAGUAUGUAAAAAAGCGGAGUACCCAGCGACCCCUCUCCAAGCACGGACCACAGCUAACUACAAACGUAACCCAUAUUUGGCAUUGACGCCAGGCCACACAGUGGUGGGGAGUAAGUAUGCUCAUCCUUUAGCAUUUGCCACUAUCUAGCCAUCUUGACCGAAGAGGCUUGGCUAAUAUAGGAUUUAUGCAGGAACAUUGCGGGAAAUCCCUUGCGGGCAAAGCCAGUGCACUAGUCAUUCAGAAAAGGAUUCGCUUCAUCCUGCCAGCUCGCGGAUAUUUAGCCAUACAAUUAACAAAAUGGUAUAAUUAACAAUUAUUCCCCGAGCCCGAAUGGGCUCUGAGUCAAUAGCCCAUGAGGCCGAAGGCCUCAUGGGCUAUUGACUCAGAGGCCAUGAGGGCGAAAGGUAUAAUUGUUUUAGUAAACUCCAACUAGUUGUUCAAAAAUAUCGAGAAUAAAAAAUUUUUAGCUAGUUAAAGCUAGACUUUAAUCCCUUUUUUGCCGGCAAAAAGCCCGUCUUUUCGCUACUAGGGGGCUAUAACAUAUAGCAUAGUAGUAGCUCAACCAAUCAGAACGCAGCAUUGAUGAUAGGCCACUGGUUGGAUUUUACUAAUGGCUGAUAUACCAAUGGUGACUAAGCCAAUCAGAGCUCUAGAAUUGGAUUAUUCAAUGAUCCAGUUUUUAAUAAUAAAUUAUAUAUAGCUAUUUACGCCGCAAAAGGGUAUGGUUUCGACUCCUUUUGGUCUGAAAUUUGGUAUAGUUUUCCUGUGUUAUGAAUCAGUGGGUGCGAUCACCAAACGACCUAUAAAAAAAGGCACAAACCAAUCAGGCCCACAGCACGACAAGAACACCUACUCAGCUACACAGCGUCCUCAAUAUCAAGAAAUACACAACCUUUUGGGUCUGAAACAAAGUAAGGUUUUCUGCUUUCUGGAAGCAGGGUCUGGAAAUUUUUUGUAUUCUUUCUCUUUCUUUUUUGCAAUCAUUCGUCUUUUUAAGAACACGUUUCAAGUCUGAGAAAUGAUGUUUUCUACAAGGCCUCUGGAAUAUCGGCAUGCGGCAAAAGCGCUGGAUGUUUGUAGACCGCAAUAGACAUAUCAAUUCUCCCAGUAUCUGACAAAACAGCAAUACGUUCAACCGAUAUACAGUCGAAUCUCUCUUAACGGAGACCUCUACAAGACGGACACCUAGAAUUGGUCCCUGCCUUUCGUUAUUCCAUUUAUUUGACUCUCUAUAAGACGGACAUCUCUCUAAGACGGACACUUACUACCGGCCCCAGAGGUGUCCGACUUAGCGAGAGUUGACUGUAUAAUUUAAAAUAUCCUAUUACUUUGCAGAUCGACAGAGUGGAAGCAAAAGGCGCUGACGCUCCCCCAAUGCCUACAGGUUUCACAGAAAUGGAGAGAACGUAUAUCGCUCUUGGAAUAGCAGUCGGCAUCUUAGCCAUCUUCAUAUGUAUCCUCAUUGUAGUGGUAAGUCACCAAUAUAAUAUCUUUAUUUGUCCAGUUUUUAACGGGAUACUGGAGGAUAUUGCUGUUUUAGUCAUUACUUACAGCCUUUACCCUCGCACAAAAUGCAUAAUUAAGAAAUGUAAAACUACCACGUACCAGAAGUCCUUUCUCAUUAGAAGUAGUAGAAUUUGGAAUUGUUUAGCGGAUGAAGUAGAUUUGAGCUCAUCGACCGGCUUAGCUUCCUUUAAAUCGGUUAUUUUUAAUUAUUAUAAGUCCGCGUUAGCUGUUUCCUAUGAUUGUGAAGACCCACGUUCGUUCUAGUCUAUCUGUUUAAAAUGUAAUAGUGCUCUUCCCUUGUCUCGUCCAAUAACUUGUUGUAUGUAGCUGUAGUUUUUCUUGCUUCGCUACGUCUUUAAAUAUUUCCUGGUUUUUUUAGUAUCCGGGCCCGCUGUAUUUGGCCACAGCUAUUGCGGUGUCCCUUGCCAAUCUGUUUUCUGUUUGUUUGUUUUUUUGGCGAAGCUAAUAAAAAAAACACAAACAAACAAAAACAAAAUGCUCCUGAGGAGUCAUAGAAGUGUCUUUCUACAAUAAUUUAGUAAUAUACAAGACUCAUUAUAAAAUCUACCAACUAAAUUUACUUUUUGUCUAUUUUCCAUUAUUCAGUAUUAUACCAAGCAGCAUAUAAACCGAAAGAGAAACCCCCCGAAACACACCACUGGAGAAGAAAAUAAAGGACUAGAAGUCAUUCAAUGCCAACCUCAGAAUGCCAACAAACCUUAUCCCGUUAAUGAGGAAGCGGUAAGUUGGUGACUGGCAUAUAUCGCGCGUUGUUUUAGUUAAGUACCCGGGGGAGGGUGGGGGUAUUCCCUUAUAUGGCCUAUACGGGGAUGUGCCGCUGGACAGGGUUUGGUUUUCGUCCUCUGCUCUGUCCUAAACAAGGUAUAUAAUUUCGCACGAGUCUGAUCUAAACAGGGUAUGUGUCUGUACCUUCAAGACGGAAUGACUGUAACAUGAUUAUCUCAAUCGCAAUUGCCAAUAAAUGGCUUUAAAACAAUACGGCGUGCAUUUUGUCCUUUUUCCUAAACAGGGUAUUAAAAUUGAGGUAGUUGUCCUAAACAGGGUACUAAAAUUGAGGGUGUUGUCCCAAACAAGGUAUGUAUUUUAGGAAUUUUUGUCCUAAAAAGGGUCAGGGUUUCAGACCCUUUGCGGCUCACCUAUACCCAAAUAUAAGAGGUCCCAACGGGGUGGUAGCUUUGACGGUUAAUUUUUUCCAAUUUAGACGGCUGAGGGUCAAAUUAUAAAGCUUUGGACGGCUGACGGUUAUUAAGGAGAAAUUUAUUCAAAGAGUUUAAGUAAAUAUUAAUUUCUGUGCAAAUUAAUAUUAACCUUUGUGUCUUUGGAGGUUGUCUUGGCCUUUCGCUUUUAAAAUUUCGAAAUAUUUUCAGAUGCAGUGAAACCUCUAUUAAGCGGACACCCUCUUUUGUAUAAGCAAGUUGCAAGGUCUUGUAAUGUCUAGAGAGGGUGUUUUUUGAGAAUGUGGGAACUAAGCUUUACACUUAAGAGAUUCUUCUUAGCCAGAAUUCCGUGAAGAUCACCUGAAAUAAUUAAAUUUGAGAUACCUUAAAACUUUUUUAAUCAAAUCUGCAUUUUUGGCGGUUGACAGUAAAACAUAACCUUUUUUUGACGGUUGACGGUUAAAUCUUAGACCGUUUGACGGCUCACUGAGGCCCUGUUAAAAAGGUGCACUCCUCCAGAAAGGGUAUAACGAGCCGCAUGCCAUUCAUACCCGGAAAAGUGAUAAGCUGACUUACAUUUUAUAAUUAUUAUUUGGCUGGUUCCGCGAGAGAGCAAGAUGAAUCUGGUCGUCAAAAUAUAACAAAGUUGUCUAAAGUUUAAGGAGAGGAGGAGACGUAUGUCAUGUCUGAGUUAUAAACAUACAUGCUCACGUUUCGCGUAGUCCCUCCCGUUUGAACAUCCUCGAGAAGCACUACUUAGUGAUGGGAGCUAAUAACGGUAAUUGCUGUAUAAAUGCAGCAGAUGACCGGUGCAAGACCUCGAGAUACCUCUCUGUAGUAAAAUCCAACUAGUUGGUCAAAAAUAUCCUGACAAAACAACUUAAAGCAAGACUUUAAUCCUUUUUUGCCGCCAAAAAUCCGGCGCUUUUCGCUACUAGUGGGCUGUAACAUAUAGCCCAGUAGUUGCUCAACCAGUCAGAACGCAGCAUUGAUAAUAGACCACUAGUUGGAUUUUACUAAUAUGUUUUUGCUGGGGGAAAACAAAAGAAAACAAAACAAAAAAUCAAUAGGUCCCUAACCUGGUUCCGAAGGCCCGUUUAGCGCCUCCCUUUCGCAGUUUCGCGGCUCACAUCCUCCGCUUCCCCGGGAACCAUAAGAAUAACAAAAGAAACCCCCAAGCAAUAGAUCCCUGACCCUACCCCCCAAUCUGCGUUUUACUGACAGUCCUGACACCCUUUAAACUAGGUAUAUAAGUAAUCAAUUAUUUUUAUAUUUUUAUUAUUUUUUUUUCACAGGCACCAAGUGCCGCCGAAACAAAGUUCUAAUGUCACACGGCUACAGCAAGCUGUUGCUCAGUUCUCAGUUGCUCUGGUUUUGUUGCCGUAGCAACAAUAAACUCCAGUGCACUUGGAAUAAGUGAAGUUUACCACAAUCUGAAUAUUUGGAACCUACUUUAGUUAUCACAUAGGACGAAUGUAUCCGCUGGUAAAGUGUUAGGAGGCAGCAAAUCCAUUAAGACCUCCUUUAAAAUUUUCUCCAUUCUGCUUUUUGAAUUCCAGACUUAAUAUUCUUUUUCGGUAGAAUGGAACUUGACAAUAUUCUGUUGGGAAACGUACUGUAUUUCACUCUGUCAACAACAACAACAGCAGCAGCAACAACAACAACGAUUACAAGCUCCGAAGGGUUAUUAAAUG